GGGAAUGGUGGCUUAGUGGUAUAGCUUUCUAACAUUAUUUUGCAUAUCGUCUCUUCACCCAGAGCUUUUCGGGGCCUAUCAAAACCUCUUAAUAUAGUAUUCUCCACAAACUUAUACAAAAAAUCUUGAUUUAUACUAAUGCUCAUUAGCACCACCUGUAGUUCAUUUGCUUUCUUGGCACAGUCUUGAGGUUGAUAGAAGCAAGAACUUUGUUCCGGAUAUAGUAUCGCGAGGAUUUAGCUCUAAUUAGGAUAUCUUGACAUUUAGCUCAUUUGUGUUAGUUGAUUUUCUGGUGUGGGCAAUGAUAUCGUGUUGAUCUCGUCACUUAAACUAAUUAGCAUAGGACUUUCAUAUAUAAAUAGGGCUCCCUCAAUAUAUUUCCACCUACACCCCUUUUCGCUUCUGGACACUUAUACCCCUGUUCUAUUCCUCUCAUCUCAAAAACUUCUAUCUAUCCAUUUCGUUCUCAAGAUCAUAAUAAUCUUUCCCACAUCCUUUCAUCCCCUAGAAAUCUUCGAAAAUUCAAGCUAAGCUGAACCAAACUCCCAAAUCAUCUCCAAGUCCUUUGAACAAAGCCGUGAUGGACCUUCAAGUUAUGGGCAAUCCACCCGCCACCUCUUCCUAUGAUGAAAUGCAGAUCGAUAUUCCUGCCGCCAGCUUUGUCGCGAUUCAAGACUCUUCGAAAAAGGCAGAGACCGUCGGCGGAUCUAUGCCAACUCCACCCGAGACCCCUUUUCCUCGCAGCAUGGAGUUGAGUACUAGGCAAUCGGUGCACAGCUUAUCGGCACAGCCGCUCCCCAGAUCUGAUCGCAAAACUCCUAUUUUGCGAUCCUCAAUCGAAGUUCUUGCCAACGUAUCAGCCACAGCUCCACACGUCGUCUUCCACCGUCCGGGAACAUAUACACACCAGUUCCAGAUUUCUAGCAUUCGCGGUCAGAUUGUUAGGAAAUGUAGAAGAUGUAUCACAGGCUGUGAAUUUAAAACUUGCAGCCAGAGCGUGUGUGAUGAGUGCGUAAAGAAUGGUCAUGGAAGCCCUACUGAUGUAUCAAUCGUUCGUGCCCAGUUGAUGGAAGAACUUGAACGAUAUCCAUUUUCUAGAAUGGGUAAUCCUAUGAAAGGAAAUCCGGCGACUGAAAAGACUGCAAUAGAUAAAGAUAAAGAAACUCAGGCUAGCUCUGAUAGUGAUGCUACAAUAUCUGCCGUGGGUGAUUAUUAAUCAGCAUAUGGCACGAAACAAAGUGAGGGAGAGGAAUGGGUUUUAGGGCUUAAGGAAUGGGAUUCGAAAUUGAAGAUUAAUACCCCA